AAUGGCUCUGUCACCGCUCCUUCGCUGGGGCAUUUUCGUCUCGGCCAUCACUGCCGCCGUCUUUGCAUAUUCAUUCAAGCAACACCAGUUCCUCUUCACCACCUCUGAGUAUGACCCUCUUCCCGUCUAUUGCUAUAGGAGCGUGAGGACUCAUGAUGCCGAACACCCAUCUGCUGAGUGCUUCUCUGUGGUAGACGGCCUGUUCCGUCAUAUCUGGACCCGGGAAGACCGAGACUCUCUGCAUGGAGUAAGAGGAGUCGACGUUUCUGUGUCGGACGGCUAUGCGAUUCCCGGCCUCUGGGACGGCCAUGGGCAUCUGCUGCAGUAUGGCGAGUUUCUUCACUCUGUCGAUCUCUUUGGCUCAAAGUCGCUCGAUGAUGUGAGGGAUCGCAUCAAAAAAUACCUUGCCGCGAAUCCGGGUGCUGGCACCAAAGACCAUUGGCUUCGUGGUGUCGGCUGGGACCAAUCUGCCUUUGGACGCAUGCCUACCGCUGAUGACAUUGAAGAAGAUGACGAACUCAGGGGAAUUUACAUGAUGCUGGAUAGAAUCGAUGUUCACUGCUCUUGGGUCUCACAGGCAGUCUUGGAGCUCCUCCCUGAAGAGAUCCCCAAUGUUCCUGGCGGCGAUGUCAUUCGUGAUCCCGGCCCAGGAGUCUUCUGCGACAAUGCUAUAGACAUGGUUAUGGAUCUGUGGCCGAAACCCGGCGAGGAGGACAAAGCCCGAGCCGUCAUUUCAGCCAUGAAGGAGCUUAACAAGGUUGGCUUGGUAGGAAUGCACGACGCCGGUGUGACUGCUGAAAACGCUCGGCUGUACUCAAAGUUGGCAAACUCUCCAGACUGGACUGUCCGGGUUUACAGCAUGCUCGAGUGUGCAAAGAGAAACACGUUCUGUCCCGAAGAGACGCCUCGGGUUGCUCAUCAGAAUGGCAUGUUUGGACUACGAAGUGUCAAAUUGUUUGCUGACGGAGCAUUGGGUAGCUGGGGAAGUGCCAUGCUCGAGCCUUACAGUGACCAUCCCUGGACGUCGGGCUCCCUCCUCAUUAACGCGUCAGCCCUCAUCAAUGUGACAAAAUCUUGGGCCAGAGAGGGAUUCCAGGUCAACAUCCACGCCAUAGGGGACUUGGCCAAUCGCAAUGCCAUCGACGCCUUUGAAGCGGCCCUGAAGCAACAGUGCGGGCAACAAGACCUCCUAGAGUGCCAGUCCAGACACCGGUUCCGCAUCGAGCACUCUCAGAUCAUCCACCCCGAUGACCAGAAACGCAUGCACGCCCUCGGUAUCAUCCCCUCUAUCCAGCCCACGCACGCCACCUCCGACAUGAAGUACGCCGAAGAAAGGAUUGGCCCAAAGAGGACCGAGGAGGAAGCCUACCGCAUGAAGUCUCUGCUCGACAUCAAUCCCAUCCUGGGCAGCGAUUUCCCCGUUGAGCCCCCAAACCCGUUUCAGGGUAUCUACGCUGCUGUCACAAGAAAGAGCCCACAUACGGGCCUUGGGCCAGACCCCAAAGCUCCGUCUGAAGGGUGGCACACGAAAGAGGCUCUUAGCUUGGAUGAGGCCUUGAUGGGCUUCACGCGGAAUGUUGCCUAUGGAGCUUUCAUCGAGCAGUACGCAGGUGUAAUUAGACGCGGCGCAUUUGCGGACUGGGUGGUGCUUGAUGCGCCGCUAGAGCACAUGGAGGUUGAGGAGCUUCGAACUCUCAAGGUCAGGGAGACCUGGGUGGGCGGUAGGAGGGUGUACUCGCGGGACGAGGAGCAAUGA